CGAAUGACAACAAACGCAACACGCGGAUCAAACAGCGGCAAAUCCGAAUUAAAUUAAAUUGAUAUGAAAAUGGCAAACGCAAAAGUGAAGAGCACAACAAAUGGCAAGCAAAAGAAACCAAGCAACAUGUCUGACGCAAAGGCGCUAAAGGCCAAAGCCUGGCAGAAGGUGAAACUGAAAGGCCACGUGAUUUCCGAUGAUUUUAGCAGUUACGAGGGCCUUAUUGGAUUGGAAGUGCUGAAGGAUUACGAUUCGGCACUGGUGAAAUCCACACAGAAACAGAUUGCUCCGGCUAGCUACGAACGCAGCAAAAGGCGUAAGCCAGGAAAAGCAGAAAAGGAUUCACAGGCAUCGUCUAGCGAUGAGGAAGAGAGCGAUGAUGAGUCUGAGGAUGGAGAUGCAUCAGCCAAAUCCUCGAAGAAAGCUCGCCUUGCCGAACGUCGCACUCAGCGGAUAUUGAAACAGCAGGAGAAACGCGAAAAACGCAAGCAGCAACGUAAGGAAAAGAAGGUGGAAUCUAAAAUAGAGACUAAAUCUAUGAAGCAAUCCAAAUACACACCCAACGAAGAUUAUGCUCCCGAUAGAUUUGCGCUGCUGCGACCACCGCCUCCAGAAGAUGAUGUUGCUGAGCCAGAGAACGGACCCAGCUCUGAAGAUGACGACGACGAUGAGGAGGUGCCCGAACUGGUGUCCUGCAGCGCAAAGGUGGAUAUGAGCAAAUGGCAGGGUAUGGGUAUUCCCACGUCCAUAAUGCGUGCACUGGCCGAACAGGGCUACGAGGCGCCAACCCAGAUCCAGGCGAUGACUCUGCCAGCGGCCAUACAUGGCAAAAAGGAUAUACUGGGUGCUGCCGAAACGGGUAGCGGGAAAACUCUCGCCUUUGGCAUACCCAUCCUCUCCGGCAUCAUGGAGCUGAAGCAGCGCAAUGACGGAUCCGGUAUACGUACACGAGCACCAAAGCACAAAGUUGAGGCUACCGUGGAGGCGGAGGUGCCUACAAGCAAAGAGAAUCACGAGUUGACGCCACCGCCAGAGGAACUGGAUUAUGUGUCGGGCGCCAGUGAGGAGGAGAGCGAUGCCGAAGACUACAGCAGUUCGGGACGUCGUCCUCUGUAUGCUCUGGUGCUCACACCCACACGAGAAUUGGCUGUCCAGGUGAAGAAUCAUCUCGUUGCCGCUGCCAAAUAUACGGGUAUUCGUGUGGCAGCCAUUUUCGGUGGCCUCUCCGUUGCCAAGCAGGAACGCGUUCUGCGCCAGUGUCCCGAAAUUGUUGUGGCGACACCAGGUCGCCUCUGGGAACUAUAUGCGCAGGGCAAUAAGCACCUGAACAAAAUAGAACAUGUAAAUUUCCUGUGCAUUGACGAAACGGAUCGCAUGGUGGAGAAGGGACACUUCGAGGAGCUGCGCAUGCUGCUCAAGGUUCUCAAUGCCCAUGAGGAGCGCAAACAGCUGCGCCAGAAUUUUGUCUUCUCAGCCACAUUGACGCUGAUCCACGAUCUACCCGAGCAUAUGCAAAAACGCAAUCUGGCAAAGCGUCCCAAGUUCACCAAGCAGACUGUGGAUCAAAAGAUUGAGAGUCUUAUCGAGGAGCUGGGCAUCUCGCAGCCAAAGAUUGUGGACAUUACCAGCAGUCAACAGACUGCCCAAACUCUGACCGAGAGUCGUCUGUUGUGUGCGAUUGAUGAGAAGGAUUACUAUCUGUACUAUUUUGUGCAGCGCCAUCCUGGUCGCAGCAUUGUCUUCUGCAAUUCGAUUGACUGCGUCAAGCGGCUGGCCACGCUCUUUGGUCUGCUGGAGUGCAAUCCGUUGCCGCUGCACGCCAACAUGAUACAGAAGCAGCGACUGAAGAAUCUGGAACGUUUCCGAGAUAGUUCGACGGGAUUGCUAAUUGCCACCGAUGUGGCUGCCCGUGGCCUGGAUAUACCCAAUGUGGAGCAUGUCAUUCACUACCAGGUGCCACGCACCAGUGAGAAUUAUGUGCAUCGCUCCGGACGCACUGCACGUGCCAAUAAACAUGGCAUAACGGUCAUGUUUAUGGAACCAGGCGAGGUCAAAAGUUAUGUGCGCCUGCACAAGACGCUGGAGAGAACUGAGGAUCUGCCGCUCUUUCCCAUCUCGGAGCGUUUUCUAGGUGCUGUACGAGAGCGCGUCAAUCUCGCCCGUGAGCUGGACAAGGAGGAAUUGAAGCUGCGACGCACACAAAGCGAGGAGGGUUGGAUGAAGAAGCAUGCCGAGGAAAUGGACAUGAUUAUCGAUGGCUACAACGAUGAUUCCGGCAGCGAUCAGGAUGAGGAUCCGUUUAUCAUUGAGCGCCGGCGAAAUCGCCUGCAUGUGGAUCAGGUGCGCGGACAACUGGCUGCACUGCUCGCCCAGCCCAUAUUCCCCAAAGGUUUCAGCUUUAAAUAUCCUACGAGCACGGGUCAACUACUCUUAGGCUCCGAUAUGGGCACCAGUAAUCCGCAGAGUGCUGUGGAAACCAUGAAGGCCGCCAUCGAGGACAUGAAGCUGGCCAAGAAGCAGCGCAACAAACGCAAACGCAAUGCCUGAAUAAAUAUAUUGAUAUAUUUACUUACCAUAA